AUGGCGGGGUCCCAAAAACCUCCCCGGAGAUUCGCGCCUCUCAAGGGCGGAGAGAGCGAUGCGCCAAAACUCCAAGGCAUCGUCUUCGACAUGGACGGCACCCUCUGCGAGCCCCAAACCCAAAUGUUCAAAGACAUGCGCUCCGCCCUCUCCGUCCCCCCCACAACCGACAUCCUCACUCACAUUUCAACCCUCCCACUCCCCUCCCAACCUGAAGCCCACUCGACCCUCCGCGACAUCGAAACCCGCUACAUGCACCUGCAGCGCCCUCAACCCGGCCUCCAACCCCUCAUGGACUACCUCGACUCGCGCUCCGUGCGCAAGGCCAUCUGGACGCGGAACUGGGACCGCCCCGUACAGUCUUUACUCGAUCGCUUCUUGCAGGGACGGGAUUUCGUCGUGGUUACGAGGGAAUGGGGAGGUGAGCCUAAGCCUGGGCCGGCGGGGAUGUUUUCUAUCGCCGAGGGUUGGGGCUUGAGGAAAGAGGAAGGGGGAAAGGUGGAUGCUACGGGGUUGAUCAUGGUGGGGGAUUCCAUGGAUGAUAUGCUGGGCGGGAGGAAUGCGGGGGCUGCUACCGUGCUGCUUUUGAAUGAGCAUAACGCCGAUGUGGCGGGGAGUGGCAUGGUGGAUUUGGUUAUUGAGCAGUUGGAUGAGUUGAUUCGGGUUUUGGAGGAGGGGUUUGUGGGGAUUGGGGAUGGCGUCGAGGAUGGCGCCGAGGCUGAUGAGGCUUGA